GAAGGUGCACAAGUACUACAAGAAAAAGGGCUACACAUCGGCCCAAUUGCAGCUGUGUAUUAUGGUCUGUCGCGACUGCCACAGUGCGGUCCACAGGUGGGUGCACCAGGUGCAUGAGCUUGCAUCCGCACCCAAACCCAAUGGGUUUUGGGCCGGACCGGUUUGUUAA